CACUCAAACAACAACAUCAAAACCAUCAAAAUUGGCUUAGGCUCUGUUCUCUUAUGUUACGCCUUGGAUAUACCGUUCGAACACGUGUCCAUCUGGAUAGCCCCCCACGUGUCACAUACAACCCGCGAGGGAGUUGUCCAAAACGAUAAAUCCACGGGCAUGAUAUUGAUGAUGACAUAUUUUUGUGUAUAUAUAUAUAUAUACGAGGAAGAAGAACCAUUGUUGCUUCAAAUUCUUCUGGUGAGGUUUUUUUAUUUAUUGUCUCUGCAGAUUCGAGUAGGUAGGAACAAUAAACAUGGCGGUUGUCGAAGGCCGGCUGGGAGGGUUUCUCAUUGUUUUGACAAUAAUGGGCUUGGCUUUGCCGGUGUUCUUUAUUGCACCGGUCCAGGGGUAUAACCGUCCACCGCCGCGCAAAAACCUCUAUGUCCCUUCUGAUGAUCCUGGUUCUGAUUCUCCACAACAGGUGCAUAUAUCUACAGUAGGUGCAGACAAAAUGAGAGUAUCCUGGAUCACCGACAGUCCAAGUCCAGCAACAGUGGAAUAUGGCACAUCUCCUGGUGCAUAUGAGAAGUCGGCAACUGGGUCGACAAGUUCAUACAAGUAUUUGAUGUACGAGUCUGGGGAAAUCCAUGACGUGGUCAUCGGUCCCUUGGAACCCAACACAGUAUACUACUACCGCUGCGGAUCCAAUUCGGGUCCUGAGUUCAGUUUCAAAACCCCUCCUGCAUCUUUCCCUGUCACAUUUGCAGUCGUAGGUGAUCUUGGGCAAACUGAAUGGACCAAAUCAACCCUCGAUCACAUAUCCAAAGCAAACUACGACAUGUUAUUACUACCAGGAGACUUAUCCUAUGCAGACUUCGACCAACCUUUAUGGGACUCAUUUGGGCGUCUGGUGCAGCCCUUGGCAAGCCAGCGGCCUUGGAUGGUGACACAAGGCAAUCACGAAAUCGAGAAAAUCCCCGUCCUACACUCGUCUGCCUUCACUGCGUACAAUGCAAGGUGGCACAUGCCGUACGAAGAGAGUGUUUCGGAUUCGAACCUCUACUACUCAUUCGAUGUGGCUGGAGUUCAUGUGAUCAUGUUGGGGUCGUACACUGAUUUUGAUCCUAGUUCUGCCCAGUACCAGUGGUUGCAAGUAGAUUUGGGGAAGGUGGAUAGGGGAAGGACCCCGUGGAUCGUUGUGCUUAUCCAUGCUCCUUGGUACAAUUCUAACAAGGCUCACCAGGGUGAAUCUGAAUCUAUUAACAUGAAGGACGCCAUGGAAGAUCUGCUCUAUCAAGCUCGCGUUGAUGUUGUUUAUGCUGGCCAUGUACAUGCAUAUGAGCGUUUUACCCGCGUUUACAAGGAUGAAGCCAAUAAUUGUGGUCCAGUGCAUAUUACCAUUGGAGAUGGUGGCAACCGUGAAGGUCUUGCGAGCAAGUAUAAGAAUCCGCAACCCAAAAUAUCGGUUUUCAGGGAGGCCAGCUUUGGGCACGGGCAGUUAGUGGUGGCAAAUGCAACUCAUGCGCGGUGGACAUGGCAUAGGAAUGAAGAUAGUGAUGAGGCAGUUGCCAGUGACUCCAUUUGGCUCACAAGCCUCUCCUCUGAUCCUGCCUGCAAAAAUUAAAAUUCCAAUAUUAAAUUGCAUAAUAUUCAUACUAUAUGUUCCUUCCAAUCCAAUUAAAAUAAUCAAAUGAAAAAGAAAAUGAAAUUUCUUUA